GAAACUGAACAAAGCAUGCUGGGGCAUGUAGUCUUUUGGUUUCCUUCCUUAGGUCUUCCACAUUAGUCGGUCGUGACCCGCUGAUUCUUUGCUCUCUUGAACUUAUUUUCUUGUUUUGGCCCGUUUGAAGCCCAGGAAAUUCAUGGAUCGUGAAGCCGGCUGCUGAGAGACGGUGGCUCCAGUCGGACAAUCGCCAGGGAUGGCGGAGCAUGAGGAUGGAGCGGGUGUCCGGGCUGCUCUCCUGGACGCUGAGCAGAGUCCUGCGGCUCUCAGGCCUCUCUGAGCCGGGAGCUGCCCGGCAGCCCCGGAUCAUGGAAGAGAAAGCGCUAGAAGUUUAUGAUUUGAUUCGAACCAUCCGGGACCCAGAGAAGCCCAAUACCCUGGAAGAACUGGAAGUGGUAACGGAGAGCUGUGUGCAGGUUCAGGAGCUAGACGAAGAGGACUAUCUGGUUGUUAUCAGGUUCACACCGACAGUACCUCAUUGCUCUUUGGCGACUCUUAUUGGGCUGUGCUUAAGAGUAAAACUUCAGCGGUGUUUGCCAUUUAAACACAAGCUGGAAAUCUACAUUUCUGAAGGAACCCACUCGACAGAGGAAGACAUCAACAAGCAGAUAAACGACAAAGAGCGAGUGGCAGCCGCCAUGGAGAACCCCAGCCUGCGGGAAAUCGUGGAACAGUGCGUCCUGGAGCCUGACUGACAGCCGCCGUCGGAGCCACUGCGGGUCGCUUGGUGGAUUAAACGCUUUGUAAAAUGUAAAAGACUCGUGUUUAAUACAUAGAUGAUUUGUACCUCAAAGCAUUUUCUAAAGGAUUACUUUCAAGCAAGUUUUAAUUGUAAGGCUUACCUGAUUUGUUCAGUGAAUAACAUUCUCAGGAUUUAUAACACUUAAGUGAUCGGACAGAAAAAUAUUUUCUAGCUAUUAUGAGUAAGAUUAGUUACUAUUUUUCUGAUGCCCAUUCUGAUACAACUACUUUUCAUGUCAAAUAUCUGCUGUGCUCAAAUGUAUUCAAUUUAAAUCAUUACUCUAAAAUAAAUAAAUCAGAUGAUUCUUAUAAUGA